AAGCGUUUUAAGAAUUAUGUGGGCAACAGGAUCUCAGCCAUCCUUGAUUUGAUGCCACCAGACAAAUGUAAACACGUUAAUGGACUCCAGAAUCCUGCUGACUGUGCAUCCAGGGGCCUCUACCCCUCUGAAUUGCUAGAUCACCCUCUCUGGUGGAGCGGUCCUGACUGGCUCAAGCAAGACCAAACCAAUUGGCCAACACAAGUCGAACUUACUCCCAACAACCAUGAUGAUGAACGAACAGAGAUUUCAUUAGUGGUCAUACAAACAUUCCCCCAACCUGUGAUUCCAGUCAAUCGGUUUUCAAAACUCAACCAACUCAAGCGUGUCACCUGUUGGAUCAUUCGCUUUAUCAAAAAUAGCAGAUUCAAGGAUCAUUCCAAGAGAAUUCUUACACCUCUGACCAUGUCAGAGCUCCAAGAAGCAGAAAACUAGAUUAUCCAAGCGGCUCAUUUCAAGACAGAAAUUGAGCACAUACUCAGCAAGCAACCACUAUCUAAGUCGAAUUCACUCCUCAUACUGAACCCAAUUGUUGAUAAUUACAAUCUGCUACGUGUUGGUGGGCGAAGGCAAUUAUCUGCAACCCCAUACCACUCGAAACACCCUUUGAUUCUUCAUGCAAAACACAAAUUGACCCAUUUUAUCAUACACUUGGAACAUCUUCGACUGUUACACGCUGGUCCAACGCUCCUCAUUGCUUCUCUAAAUAGACGUUACCAUAUUGUUGGUGGAUCAAAGACUGUCCGAUCUAUUGUCAGAAAGUGUGUGGUCUGUAGGAAAUUAUCUGCCAAGCCUCAUCCAUAGAUGCUUGGCCAGUUGCCAAUUGAAAGAGUCACUCCUGGUUCAGUUUUUGAGAAGGUGGGUAUUGACUAUGCUGGCCCAGUAUCUAUAAAGUAUGGCCACGUGAGGAAACCAACCAUAGUCAAAGCAUACAUUUGUGUAUUUGUGUCUUUUUCAGUGAAAGCAGUACAUUUGGAACUAGUAACCGACCUAACUUCAGAUGCCUUCAUUGCCUGUCUUAGAAGGUUCAUAGCCAGACGUGAUUUGCCCAAUUUGAUAUGGAGCGACAAUGGAACCAAUUUUGUCGGAGCCUGCCGACAACUGCGAGAACUCAGUGAGUACCUCAAGACAAAGGCAGUACAAGAUUCCGUCUCUAAGUUUCUCACAUCACAGAACGUUGAAUCGAAAUUCAUACCGCAACACGCACCUCAUUUUGGAGGAUUGUGGGAGGCUGCUGUGAAGAGCACUAAAACACACUUGCGUAAGAUCCUCGGUGAAGUCAAGCUCACUUAUGAAGAAAUGUCCACCGUUCUAUCUCAGAUUGAAGCCUGUCUCAAUAGUAGACCUCUUGUGCCACUGAAUAAUGAAGAUGAUGGUAUUGAGGCACUUACACCUGGACACUUUCUCAUUGGCCGACCACUCAAAGCUCUCCCGGACGCAUCACUAAUUAUGACUCAAAAGAUGUCCCAACUGAAACGAUGGCACCUAUGCCAAUCAUUGUUAUGCCAUUUCUGGCAGAGAUGGUCCAGGGAAUAUCUAGUUCACAUGGGAAGAUUCCACAAGUGGAAACACCCCACCAGAAAUCUCCACAUUGGCGAUAUGGUCGUUAUCAAAGAAGAUUCCCCUCUACUCAACGAAUGGCCACUGGCUAGAGUGAUUGAAGUUCACCCCGGACACGAUGGUUUAGUUCGUGUGGCAACCAUCAAGACUUCAAAUGGUGUAUACAAACGCCCGAUUAACAAGCUCGCACUCCUACUAUCAAGUGAAGAACAACAACAUUGAAGAUGAACUUAUAUGCAAGGAAAUGUUUUGAAACUAUACUUUAAGACCAUUCGGUCUUGGCCGGCGGUAUGUUGGCAUGUGUACUGGCAUGAUUGUUCAUGAUUUAUCCUGUUCUAUCCUGUUUUAUCCUGAUGUACUAUUUAUCAUGUGUCAUACCAUACAUUUACGCUAUUGUGUAAUUCACAGUUUUUCUUUGUGGUUGUUUAUUCUCACAUUGAUCAUGCAUCCUUGUUUCUGGAUCAUUCUAGAAUUAUUCUCAUCACCCCCCUGGGACCUGACUCCUAUAAAUAGUUGUCCAUCCAUUACCUUUUUAGUUGUUGGUUUUUGAGUUGCUGUCUUUGUAUAGUUUGCUGGUACUAUUCCCUUAUUGUGAAUUUACUAGAUCUAUAUGAAGUAUAAAAAUGUUUAUUGGCAGUCAAUCUCAACAAUAGUAAUAGUCUAGUCUGUAUGGUUGCAAGAAGAAUCC